UGCAUUCCUCCUCCUCCUCUUCCCAUCCCACUUUUUUCUCUCUGUUCACAUUUCAAACUAUCUGUCUUAAUUUGCCACUUUAGUCUUCGUGAUCUCAGCUACUUUCGGCUGUAUUUUCUCCAAAUUUUGAUCUUUUUGGCAUCUGGAUGUUCUUCAUUAUUCGGUUUCUGAUCUGGGUUGUUUACAAAUUUGGAUCUUGAAGGUUCCUUUGUCCGGUUGGAGUCGUUGAAGAAUCAUCUGAGAAAUUUAAGCUCUUGAUCAAUCCAAAUGGAAGGGUCCUGCGUGGCAUUGAAGGCUAAUGCCAAUCAUGUUUGUGUCAGCAAAGGUGGCUUGAGUCGUGGAGGGUGUAUCUUUUGGGGUGAAAGUGUCAAGAGAGGUGUAAAAAGUAGUGAUUUGGGUACCCAAUUGAGGAAGAAUUUGAGGAUUGAAAAAGGAACCAAAAGGGCUUAUCGUGGAGUUGUCUACUCAGUGCUCACUCCUGAUAUUGAGAAGGAGACUUUGACAUUUCAGACUCCAUUGUUUGAGACUCCAAAAGCAGAUCCAAAGAAUGUAGCGUCCAUCAUAUUGGGUGGUGGCGCUGGGACACGACUGUUUCCUCUGACCGGUAGAAGAGCCAAGCCAGCGGUUCCAAUUGGAGGGUGUUAUCGUUUGAUUGAUAUCCCAAUGAGUAACUGCAUUAACAGUGGGAUAAACAAGAUAUUCAUCUUAACUCAAUUUAACUCUUUUUCCCUCAACCGUCAUCUAGCUCGUACAUACAAUUUUAAUGGGAUGAAUUUCGGAGAUGGUUUUGUGGAGGUUCUUGCUGCCACUCAAACACCUGGAGAUGCUGGAAAGAGGUGGUUUCAAGGAACAGCAGAUGCUGUAAGGCAAUUCAUAUGGGUCUUUGAGAAUGCUAAAAACAAGGAUGUGGAGCAUGUAUUAAUAUUGUCUGGUGAUCAUCUCUAUCGUAUGGACUAUAUGAAUUUUGUGCAGAAGCAUAUUGACACAAAUGCUGACAUCACAGUUUCAUGUGUGCCAAUGGAUGAUAGUCGUGCAUCAGAUUAUGGAUUGAUGAAGAUAGACAAGACAGGACGCAUUGUCCAGUUUGCGGAGAAACCAAAGGGCCCUGACCUCAAAGCUAUGCAAGUUGAUACUACUCUUUUAGGGCUAUCCAAGCAAGAUGCUGCAAAAUUUCCAUACAUUGCAUCAAUGGGUGUUUAUGUGUUUAAAACUGAUGUCCUCCUAAAGCUUCUGAAGUGGAGCUACCCAUCAUGUAAUGACUUCGGCUCUGAGAUAAUUCCGUCUUCUGUGGAGGAACACAAUGUCCAAGCAUACUUAUUCAAUGACUAUUGGGAGGAUAUUGGAACAAUUAAAUCCUUUUUUGACGCCAAUUUGGCGCUGACAGAGCAGCCCCCAAGGUUUGAAUUUUGUGAUCCAAACACACCUUUCUAUACAUCUCCUAGAUUCUUGCCACCAACCAAAGUUGACAAAUGCAGGAUCGUGGAUUCCAUAAUUUCACAUGGUUGCUUCUUGCGAGAAUGUAGUGUGCAACACUCUGUAGUAGGAGUGCGCUCACGUCUGGAGUCUGGUGUUGAGCUUAAGGAUACUAUGAUGAUGGGUGCGGACUACUACCAAACUGAAGCUGAAAUUGCAUCUCUGCUAGCAGAAGGAAAGGUUCCGAUUGGUGUUGGACAGAAUACCAGAAUCAGCAAUUGUAUAAUUGACAAGAAUGCCAAGAUUGGAAAAGACGUGGUCAUUGCAAAUGCUGAUGGUGUUGAAGAGGCCGAAAGACCAGAAGAAGGAUUCUACGUUAGGUCUGGAAUCACAGUGGUAGUGAAGAAUGCAACAAUUAAAGACGGUACGGUUAUCUAAAACUACACUUUCAGAUUAAGUAUAAGCUUUAGAAAGUUGAGAGCACUUCGUGUGCUGCCUUAACGCUGUUUCUGCAGUGAAAAAUAUAGCAAUAGCGUUGCGUAGGACUGUACAGAUAAAUUAUACCUUCUGAAAUUUUGAAAUAAGUAUGUAUAUGCCAU